CCUGGGCUGAGAGGGUAGGAUCAAACCGAGCCCUUGACUGUGGCUGUGGCAUCGGACGGAUCACCAAGCAUCUACUGUUACCGCUCUUCCAGCAAGUGGAUAUGGUAGAACAGACACAGAAGUUUUUAGACGAGGCGGAUCAGUUCAUCGGAGAAGGAGCCAGUCGGGUGGGACAGAAGAUAUGCUCCGGUCUCCAGAACUUCAAGCCUCGUUUGGAGCACUACGACGUGAUCUGGUGCCAGUGGGUCCUGGGUCACCUCACGGAUGAACACUUGGUGGAUUUCCUGAAGAGAGCGAAAACAGGACUCGCAGAAAAUGGAAUCAUCUGCGUCAAGGAGAAUAUUGCCAAGUCUGGGGUGGUGUUUGACGACCAGGACAGCAGUGUAACAAGGUCCAAAGCACAAUUGAAGAAGAUCUUUGCGCUGGCAGGGCUGACCAUUUUGAAGGAAGCUGACCAGAAACGUUUUCCGUUGGGUUUGUUCGCUGUGAGGAUGUAUGCCUUGAGAUGAUUGGUGAAUAUUCCUUUUUAUAUCUAUAGACCAACUUAACAAGACUCAUUAACAAGAAAACAUUUGUAUAUUUUUUUGUACAGUACCAUGAAAGUUUUUUUUGUUGUGUUGAUUAACCUCAAACAAAAGAGUGAAGGUUUGAAACCUGACUUGACAUAACCACAUUAUACAUAUCCAGUUGUAACUGGUAAUGGUUGUGGUCAUGGUACCAACAGGUCUUUUUUAUGAGGAUAACUACAAACUUUUUUUCAUGGAAUCUAUUUGUCAAGUUUGUCAUUCCUGGAAGUAAUAUCUGUGCAGGUAAGGUUUUGGGGUGCAUACAUGUAUAUAUGUUAUGAAACGACAUCAAGAUAGGUAAUUGUACAACCCACCAAGAUAACAGUUGAAACCUGUGACGUGCUCACAGUGAUUCAACAAGUAUUUGUGUACUGUUUCUGCCGUCCAUGCUUCUAUAGCUCACACAUGUGUAAUCCUAUUUGACAUUUAAAAAAAAAAUAUAUAUAUAUUUUCCGAGCAGAAUGUAAUUUUGAGCUAUCAAGUUGCACCUCUACUAUUUAUCCCAGCAUUUUCAUUUGGUUUUACUUCCACUGCAUGUUACAUCACUUUAUAUUUUAAUUCUUUUUUAAACACUUUCCUUUAUUUAAGCUUCAUCUUUUCAUACUUCUAUGAUUGUUUUAAAAUGAUAAUGAAUAUUCCACUUUAAUAUUGCACUUGAUAAAUCAGAAAAUUGUCUGUUAUCACUCUACAAAUAUAUGCAUGUAAUACCAGGGUCAUCACAUCCCAGCUUGCCUGCACAGAAUGCAUUUUGUCCACUCCCUGGGGAGCAUUCCAACAAGAGUUUCCAAAAUCAAUCCAGGCAUACUACUCUAUUGGCUUCUGCAUUUCAUUGGAUACCUGGGUUGAGAGUGGCAAUAUGUGAAUUGACGAUUGCUAAGGAUUUGAAUACAUGGCCCUUUGUUUAUAAAGCUAAAGUAAAAAAACCAUUACAUGUACACGUGUACAUCAAGAAGCUCCUCAGAUCCUUUGGAAUUUUUAUAUUAAAAGGAAAGGAAUUCUACACUUUAAAAAUGUCAUUACUACUUUUAUACUAAUUUUUAAUGCCAAAGCUAAAUCUAAAGUAUUGUUUCAAAAAUAUAUUUUGAAAAUUAUAUGAUUAUGAUAUGAUGAUAGGAUAUGUUUAUUAUUAAUGUUGUAAAAAAAAAUCACAUUUUGUUUCAAUUUACAGUAAUUUUUAUGAAUAUGGUAUUGGAUGUUUUGUAGAUUUAGGAUAAAUGAUGAACUGUUCAUGUACAUUUUCAUGUACAUGAAGUGUUGUCUCCAUUUAUGGAGCUGUGACUUGCUAUUCAUGGAGAUAACUUUGUAAGUGACCUACUACUCUACCUUCAUUUGAGCUAUGUGGGGGGGGGGGUUGAUAGAGAAAGACACGGGGACAUGAUUGUGCAAUCAUAUCUGCACUAACUUCACCUUUACAACACCCCCCCCCCCCCUUCUUCAACAAGAUUUACCAUAAUGGUAUUUAGAGGUUUACCGUAAUGGUAUUAUUAUAAAGAAAAUUACCCUAAUGAUAUUUGGAAAUAUAAGAGAAUACCGUAAUGUCAUUAUGGAGCUACAUGUAUUCUGCUAUCAUGGAUACCAAUCAAAACCUUAUUUCCUCUUUUUUUUUUUCUUUUUGUGCACAACUAUUUACUAAUAAUGUGUAAAGCAUUUCCAUAUUGAAUGCAGAAUAAAAGAGCAUCUAUAAGUGCCAUGGCCGGGGAUCGAAACACAGACUUUCCAUGAAUAGCCAGGCGCCUUGACCACUCAAACCCCCGACUUUCAUAGCCAGGCGCCUUAGACCACUCUGCCACAGCACCCUGAUUUUGAUUGGUUGCUUUGCCCUACAUUUAAAGGCUAAUUACCAUAUUAUAAAGAAAAUUACCCUUAUGAUAUUUGAAAAUAUAAGAGAGUACCGUAAUGUCAUUAUGGAGCUACGUAUGUAUUCUGCUAUCAUGGAUACCAAUCAAAACCUUAUUUCCUCUUUUUUUUUUCUUUUUGUGCACAACUAUUUACUAAUAAUGUGUAAAGCAUUUCCAUAUUGAAUGCAGAAUAAAAGAGCAUCUAUAAGUGCCAUGGCCGGGGAUUGAAACACAGGCUUUCCAUGAAUAGCCAGGCGCCUUAAUAGACCACUCAAACCCCGGACUUUCAUAGCCAGGCGCCUUAGACUACUCUGCCACGGCACCCUGAUUUUGACUGGUUGCUUUGCCCUACAUUUAAAGGCUAAUUACCAUAUUUUUCAGGUUACCUUCAUCAGUAUUCCCUUAUUCCCUGGUGAACAUUUCUUGCAUGCUAAAUAAUCACCAAUGAACAUUUGCUGGUGAAAUUCACUUACCUCAAGAAAGGAUCACCAGAUUCACUCGUAGGAACAGCUUUAUGAAAUGCCCCCCCUGGUCUAGCAAGGGUGUUAUGAUGUACGUACUUAUCGUCUUUACCAAUAGUAUUUUUUAUACGAAUGGGCCCAGAAAUUUGAAUACUUGAUUAAAUGACAAUUUACAUGUACAUGUUUUCCUUUAUGCUUCCAUCCAUUCUUAACAAGAAAUCUAUUUAGUUCCUUUUGAUUGCAUCUUCAGAAAAGACUAGUUCAUUUUAAUGUUCUUUGAUUUGAACAUAAGGAAACAGUAUCCAUGUAUUAAAAUGAAUUAUUAUUUGUAAAGAAAGUCAGUCUAUAUUUUGUUGCUGAGUAGUUCAGGUAAAUGUAUUUCUGAUAAUCCUCUAUGAGGGUUUCAGUUCAGAUUUUCAUGAGCAACCUUUUGUAAAAUAUUUGAAGUUGAAAAAAAAAUUACAUUACAUAUUGAAAGCAGCUUAAACUGUUUUUCAAUCGGGGGGGGGGGGUAGAAAUUUCCUGUAUUUUAUAACUUAAGAUUAAUGUGUAUUACAAAGAAAUUAACUGAGUAAGGCUGCUACAAAUCAUAUCUGAUCAAGUGUAGUCAUUGUUUAAAUUUUUUUUAAUGGGCAAAAUUUUUAUUGCCAAAGUUUUUCUCAGUGUACUGUGUAAACCGAGAACUGAUUUACCGCCCUCCCCUUCUGACAAAACUAACAGUAUUAGAUUUAUACUACCAGUCUUGUACAUGUAGCGUGCUUUAUCAAUUGGUGUGCAAACUGCAAAUUUUUAUUUUGCUUGAUUUAUCAUACUUAUUUGAGAAUGUGGCAUUAUUUUUUGAAAUCUUUCUUGUAAUAACCUGUUCAAGAAGGUAAUCAAAAAUAUAAAUGAACAUUUAUUAUUCAGUUCCAACAAAACACAGGCUUUAUUAUUCAAAUUGCUCAGUUUUAUAUUUUAACAUAUAUGUAUGUAUGGUGGUUAUCAAUUAUCCACUCUAAAAGGAUUUGUUUACAUUGAUCCUUUCUCACUUCUUUUUCUAAUUAUGUGACUUUAAAUGUAUAUUUUAUGUACUUAUUUUGUUUGGAAUCACUGUGUUGCAUCUUCUUGAAUUAUAUAGCAAAUGUUAUGAAGUUAGCUCUACUUGUAACUAGUAGAAUAAAUAUUUUUAGAUCGAGAUCAUGUAUGGGGUUUUCUUUAAUAUUGUUUUAUUCUGAUUUUAUGGUUCUGGGGACUGGGGAGGGGGGUGUUUUAGAGUCAUGCUUAAAUACUGACAUGCACACGAUGUGAAUUAUGAAACAUGCAAUAUUAUUGAUUAAUGUGCAUUAGUGUGCAUGUCCUCUUACUUAGUAUGAUUUGGCCAAUGUGGUGAUGCCUCUUGUACUGCACGAAACUGGGGAUAUACAUGUACAUGUAAGUGCGACUCUAAUGGGGUUUUGCUAGAAACUUGUAAUUGAUCGCAAAUCAAUUUUAGGUCUCAAGAUCUAUUGAAAGUCAUUCAUUCUAAUGCAAAUUCAGAAUUGAUAGUCUGUUUCUUGCAUCAACAUGUAUAUAUUAAUUUGCUUUAGUUGAAAUUGAUCUAUCACUUGUAAAUUUGCAAUUGAUUGCAAAUAUUUUCUUGCAACACCCCUUUAGUCACACUUAAAUCUUUUUGAAACGCCCCCCUGGUGGGUGUUUCAUAAAGCUGUUCGUAAGUUAAGAGCGACUUUAAGAACGACUGGUGAUCCUUACAUGGUAAAUGGUAUAUUCAUUGGCGAUGGUUUAGCGCGUAAGAAAGGUUCACCAGUCAUUCUUAAAGUCGCUCUGAACUUACAAACAGCUUUAUGAAACGGCCCCGUGGUCUGCUGUUACACAUAGUAGUGAUGCAUUUUAUAGCAUUGACAUAUAUGGGAAGUGAUUUUAGCAGAUAGGAUACAAUGUAUACUUCUACGAUCAAAGCAUCUCAGAAGAGAGAUACUGGCAAAAAAGUGACCCACCACUCUCAACCUCUUCCUACUUACUUGUCUGUGCUCAUUGGCAUUCCUUUUUGUAUUUCUAUAUGAAGACCAGGGUCCCGUCUUACAAAGAGUGGCGAUUGAUCCGAUCACCCACAACUAAAUGUAAAUCCAUAAAUGUCAUAAUUUUUCAUAGGUAGAAAAACGUGCACUACAUGUAUGUUCUUUUGUAAACAUCGAGGAGCACAUUGAAUUGUCAAGACAACAAUGAACGUAUGAAUACAUCAUAUCUAGAAAACA